GCAACUUAGAGGCACAUUUUGAGUUCUAGGGAUUCCCCACAGCAAAGCAAAUAUAGAAAUUAGAGUAACAAUUAUGUGGACAGUAAUUGUUAGCCCAUUAUGCUUCUACCUUGUCUUCCUCCUCUUCAAGUUUGUUUACAAUGCAUGGUGGAAACCCAUUCAGCUACAAAACCAAAUGGCAGCACAAGGAAUCAAAGGCCCUCCUUACAAAUCCAUGUAUGGAAAUGUAAAUGAGAUGAUGCAAAUGAAGCUAUCCAUUCCAAGACCCAUGUCUCUCUCCCAUGACAUCUUCCCAAAGGUGGAGCCUCACUAUGACCAUUGGAUCAACACUUAUGGGAAGAAUUUCCUGUUCUGGUUUGGUACGAAACCUCACUUGUUUGUAUCGGAUAGGGAGCUUGUGAAAGAGGUACUGAAUAACAAGGAGAAAGCAUACCCAAAAGGAGAUUUAGUCAUUUAUAUCAAGAAGCUUAUUGGAAAUAGUCUUGUGUCAUUUGAGGGUGAAAAAUGGUCCAAUAUGCGCAAAAUAGCCAAUCAUGCUUUCCAUGGAGAGACCUUAAAAAUGAAUUUGAUACCAGAAAUGGUUGCUACUGGAGAGAUGAUGCUAAAAAGAUGGAAAAACCAUGAAGGUGGAGAAAUUGAGGUGUUUCAAGAAUUCAAGUUAUUUACAUCAGAAGUGAUUUCAAGAUCCGCUUUUGGAAGCAAUUUUGUUGAAGGGAAGGACAUAUUUGAGAAGAUAAGGAAGGUGCUUAUGAUAGCUCACAGACCUCCUUCAAACCUCUGGUCUUCAACCAUCAGUAAGAUACUUGGAACUGGCGGCGAGACGGAAUCGCAGAAGCUCGUGAGCGAAAUGGGAAGCUCCAUUUUAGAAAUAAUAAAGAAGAGAGAAAAGACAGUGAUGUGUGGAGAAGCAGAGGAUUAUGGAAGAGACUUCCUUGGAUUACUCUUGAAGGCAUGCCAUGAUGCUGAUCAGUCCAAGAGGAUUGCAGUGGAGAAUGUGAUUGAUGAGUGCAGGGGAAUGUACGUCGCCGGACAAGAAACCACUACUAACUUGCUUUCCUGGACAAUUCUGCUUCUAGCACUCAAUACAGAUUGGCAGGAAGAAGCAAGAAGAGAAGUUGAGAAUCUAUUCGGCGACCAAAAUCCGAACCCAGAUGGGAUUUCCAAGCUCAAAAUUAUGAGUAUGAUCCUUAAUGAGACAAUGAGAUUGUAUCCUCCUGCAAUGGGACUGAUCCGGAAAGUUAAUCGAGAAGUUCGACUCGGAAACAUGAAUCUACCAUCUACAAUGAGCAUUUAUCUUCCAAUCAUAAGUUUCCAUCAUGAUCGGGAGAUAUGGGGAGAAGAUGUUCAUCUUUUUAAACCAGAGAGAUUCGCAGAAGGAGUAGCAAAAGCUACCAAAAAUGAUGCCUCUGCGUUUUUCCCGUUUGGGAUUGGACCCAGAAUGUGCGUGGGCUACAACUUUGCACUCAGUGAAGCCAAGAUUGCUCUUUCAAUGAUUCUGCAACGAUAUAGCUUCACGCUAUCGCCAACUUAUGCUCACUCUCCAAUUCAGGUUCUUCUUCUUCAGCCACAACAUGGUGUUCAGAUUAUAAUUCAACCGUUGAAGAAUGGGAACCAGUGAUUUCAUGGAAAGAAAAUUUGGAGCUAAAUCAGUCACUCUGGCUGACAGAAGAAGUCUUGAGGGUCCAAUUGACUUGUGUUCAAUAAAAGUGAUAAAUCAGUCACUCUGUCUUCACAGUCAAUGUUUACUUGUGUUUAAUGUCUUGAGUCAAUUGUUUACUUGUGUAAUAAAAGUGCUAUUCAGUCACUGUUUACUUGUAUUUAAUAAAAGUGCA